ACUGCGGGCGCGCCUUCCAAUCGGCGGAGAGUGACGCGUCCUGGCGGAAGUGACGGCCGUCGCGGGUCCUGUGGGGGCGGUGGGGGACGAUGAGGGGACUGAGACGGGGGUAACCGUUGUGUGAAGAUGGAGUUUCCCGGAGGAAAUGACAAUUACCUGACCAUCACAGGGCCCUCACACCCCUUCCUGUCAGGGGCCGAGACAUUCCAUACACCAAGCCUGGGUGAUGAGGAAUUUGAAAUCCCACCUAUCUCCUUGGAUUCUGAUCCGUCGCUGGCUGUCUCAGAUGUGGUUGGCCACUUUGAUGAUCUGGCAGACCCAUCCUCCUCUCAGGAUGGCAGCUUUUCAGCCCAAUAUGGGGUCCAGACAUUGGACAUGCCUGUGGGCAUGACCCAUGGCUUGAUGGAGCAGGGCGGGGGGCUCCUGAGUGGGGGCUUGACCAUGGACUUGGACCAUUCUAUAGGAACUCAGUAUAGCGCCAACCCACCUGUUACAAUUGAUGUACCAAUGACAGACAUGACGUCUGGCUUGAUGGGGCAUAACCAGUUGACCACCAUUGAUCAGUCAGAACUGAGUUCUCAACUUGGUUUGAGCUUAGGGGGUGGUACCAUUCUGCCACCUGCCCAGUCACCUGAGGAUCGUCUUUCAACCACCCCUUCACCUACUAAUUCACUUCAUGAGGAUGGUGUUGAGGAUUUCCGGAGGCAACUUCCCAGCCAGAAGACAGUUGUUGUGGAAGCAGGGAAAAAGCAGAAGACCCCAAAGAAGAGAAAAAAGAAAGAUCCUAAUGAACCUCAGAAACCAGUUUCAGCAUAUGCCUUAUUCUUUCGUGAUACACAAGCUGCCAUCAAGGGACAGAAUCCCAAUGCCACUUUUGGAGAAGUUUCAAAAAUUGUGGCCUCCAUGUGGGACAGUCUUGGAGAGGAGCAAAAACAGGUAUAUAAGAGGAAAACUGAGGCUGCCAAGAAAGAGUAUCUGAAAGCUCUGGCUGCUUAUAAAGACAAUCAAGAGUGUCAGGCCACUGUGGAAACAGUGGAGCUGGAUCCAGUGCCACCAUCACAGACUCCUUCUCCACCUCCUGUUGCUACUGUUGACCCAGCAUCUCCUGCACCAGCCUCAACAGAGCCCCCUGCCCUGUCUCCUUCCAUUGUUGUUAACUCCACUCUUUCAUCCUAUGUGGCCAAUCAGGCAUCUUCUGGGGCUGGGGGUCAGCCUAAUAUCACCAAGUUGAUUAUUACCAAACAGAUGUUGCCCUCAUCUAUUACCAUGUCCCAAGGAGGGAUGGUUACUGUUAUUCCAGCCACAGUGGUGACCUCCAGGGGGAUCCAACUAGGCCAAAGCAGCACAGCUACUAUACAGCCCAGUCAACAAGCCCAGAUUGUUACUAGGUCAGUGUUGCAGGCAGCAGCAGCAGCUGCCGCUUCUAUGCAACUGCCUCCACCCCGACUACAACCUCCUCCAUUGCAACAGAUGCCUCAGCCCCCCACUCAGCAAGUGACCAUUUUGCAGCAGCCUCCCCCACUCCAGGCCAUGCAACAGCCUCCACCUCAGAAAGCUCGAAUCAAUUUACAGCAACAGCCACCUCCUCUGCAGAUCAAGAUUGUGCCUGGACCCACUCUGAAAAUGCAGACCACCUUAGUCCCACCGGCUGUGGAAAGUAGUCCUGAGCGGCCUAUGAACACAAGCCCUGAGGCCCAUACAGUGGAGGAGACCUCUACUGAUACAAUCUGUGAGAUGAUCACAGAUGUAGUUCCUGAGGUUGAGUCUCCUUCUCAAAUGGAUGUUGAAUUGGUGAGUGGGUCUCCAGUGACGAUCUCACCCCAGCCUCGCUGUGUGAGGUCUGGUUGUGAGAACCCUCCUGUUGCGAGUAAGGACUGGGACAAUGAAUACUGCAGCAAUGAGUGUGUGGUGAAGCACUGCAGGGAUGUCUUCUUGGCCUGGUUAGCCUCUAGAAAUUCGAACACAGUGGUGUUUGUAAAAUAGUCGUUCCUGUUCUCCAAGCCAGUGAAGAUUUAUCUGCCAGGAACAUGUCCAAGACCCUGCUUAAAACUCAAGCUGGGCUUCUGAUAGUACCUGAACUGAGCCCAUGAUGGUCCCUUCAUGCUUCUCCCCUUUCCUCUCUUCAGCAAGGGGCCAGGCUAUGGAGCAGGGUCAUUGAGUUUGCUGUAAUCUGGGGUUGCUUUUUACUUUCAAGUACAAGCAGAGAUGCCAGUGACAAUAGCAAAGGGUGAAGGAAAUAUGGACAAGCAGAACAUAGGGGUGGUGGGAAGGGGGGGGUGGUUUGAGGAAACUUGUUAGUAUAAUUGUCAUAGGACUUGCCUAAAAGAUUAUUAAAAUUAUGAGAGUACAUAUCAGCUUUGGGCCUACCACUGUGUGCAUCCAUUUUAAAAGGAAUAAAAGGUUAAAUUAAAGGAUACCUUUUAAACAGAGAGCUAGUAAUGUCACAUCUAUACAUUGCUUUGAGAACAAAGGUUUUCAAUACAGGCACACUGGGCUGUAGGGAAAAUAACAUCAUCUAGGAUUUUCUUAUUUAUUCUUCUUUGCAAAUAUUUCUGUAGUCAUUGUCUUUCCUUACCUCAACUAUCACAGUUUCUGAGUGUGAAAGGCAGAACUCUACAUCUUUAAUAUAAGAAGUUUCACCAAA